AUGAGCGUUGCGAACUUAUGUUUAUGUUCACAAAUACUAGUCAAAGAGGAUUUAUUCAGUAUGAUGAAUGGGAAUAAGAUAAUGGAUCAGGGUAGUAAUAUGCAAAUAAAGGGGAGGAAGAAGGACUCAAUAGAGCAAUUUAUCAGUUCCCCCCAACUUUUUCUUGAAAAUAGUUUGUCUCAGUUGAGAUAUAUGAUUCUUAUUGAAGGUUUGUCAACACCACCCGGGUAUGAUCUGUGUCCGUACAGAUGCUAUGUAUGGUCAAUUCUUUGUCGUGUGCCAACGUUUUCAACAGAUAUGUAUAGGGAAAUCAUGGAUGAUACAGUCGACCAUUUGUCACCCGAGUUGUACCAGAAAAUCAAAAAUGAUACGUUCAGAACAUUAAUGAACGAUAAGAAUUUUCAUCAGAAAGUGCUGGAACAGUCGUUGGUGCGGAUCUUAUCGGCCACGGCGAUCACAGUUGACAACAGGGUGGGGUAUGUGCAAGGGAUGAAUGUUUUGUUGGCUCCCAUAGCCUAUGCAUGCCAGAAGAGUGAACCUCAAGCUUUUGCAAUAUUGCAUCAUUUGAUCACAAAGCAGAUACCGCAGUACAUAAUGCCAAACCUAGAUGGUGUCCAUACGGGACUCAGUCUUGUUGAUGUAGUUCUCAAGAUCAUCGACCCGGUGCUAAGUGAUUAUCUCGAUUCGAAGUUUUUAAAGGCUGAAAUCUAUGCAUUUCCAUCGGUGCUAACGUUAUGCGCAUGUACACCACCGUUAAAAUCAGUUCUCAAGCUAUGGGACUUCUUAUUUGCAUACGGGACCCACAUGAACAUUUUGUUUAUAGUUGCACAGUUGAUAAGUCAUAGAUCAAUAUUAUUGAAGACCCAGCAACCCAUGAAAAUAUUAAGAAAUUUCCCACCCUUGGAAGAAAAUGAAAUCAUAAAAUUGAGUCUAAGUUUCAUCCCUGAGCUACCAAAACCACUAUACGAUUUAAUUACAAGGCAUGGGUUCGAUGCUAACGUCCCAAAUGAAUUAAAAUUAUUUUUGAUUGAGAAUAAGUACAACUAA